GCCCGGCGCGAGGCGAGGCGAGGCGCAGCGCGGCGCGGGUCGGUCUAUGGGGAGGGCGGCGGCGCCGCGCAGCACCCGCGGGCUCCUCGGCGUCCGGCUGCGGGCGGCGGCCAUGAGCGGAGGCGGCCACGAGCCGGGCCCGGGCGGCAGAGGCGGCGGCGCGGCGGGGCCGGGCUCGGACACGUACCGGGGCUGGCUCUUCAAGUGGACCAACUACCUGAAGGGCUACCAGCGCCGCUGGUUCGUGCUCAGCAACGGGCUGCUCAGCUACUACAGGACACAGGCCGAAAUGGCUCACACCUGUCGCGGAACCAUCAACCUGUCAACAGCUCACAUUGAUACGGAGGACUCUUGUAACAUUGUGCUUUCCAAUGGGGGAAGGACAUACCAUCUAAAAGCAAGCUCAGAAGUGGAGAGGCAACGAUGGGUCACUGCUUUAGAGCUGGCUAAAGCAAAAGCAAUCCGCAUGAGGAACAACCAGUCAGAUUUGGGGGAGUUGCAUGCAAGUAUUCCUGCUGGCAGUGAUGGGUAUUCUCUGGCUACAUCCCUUGCUACUUAUAUGAGAAACUUAAGGGAUGACUCUGGUGAUGAGGAACCAGCCUCUCAAUCUGACAAGAGUGAACUGCACAGCACUCUGAAAACCCUCUCGAGUAAACUGGAGGAUCUAAGCACAUGCAACGAUCUUAUAGCUAAACAUGGAGCGGCUCUCCAGAGGUCCCUGAGUGAGCUGGAGAACCUGAAGCUGCCUGCAGAGAGCGGAGAGAAGAUCAAAGCUGUGAAUGAGCGAGCUACCCUAUUCAGAAUCACUUCCAAUGCUAUGAUCAAUGCUUGUCGUGAUUUUCUGGAGUUAGCAGAGACCCACAGUCGAAAAUGGCAGCGGACCCUACAGUAUGAACGAGAGCAGAGGAUCCGCCUAGAGGAAACGAUUGAGCAGUUAGCCAAACAACAUAACAGCUUGGAACGAGCCUGCCGAGGAGCCCCUGGCCUAUCCUCGAGCACCACAGGAAUCACCAACACUACCAAGGGGAGUGUGCAACCUUCAAAAGGGGAGGCCAGUGAUGAAGAUGAGGAGACAGAGUAUUUUGAUGCCAUGGAGGAUGCACCAGCUUUUAUCACAGUAACUGCAGACCCCAAACAUCACAGACGUUCUGGCAGUAACCUGAGUGGGGCCAGCGAAGGCCACCCUGAGGAUUGGACCCUGGAGGACAAUGUGUUUGAGAGCUCAAAUCAAUGUGGCUACAAUGAAUCAACUUGCAAAGAUCUCCUGCCUAAGAAGAGGAGACGGACUCGUGUCCCUGACAAACCCAACUACAGCCUUAAUCUGUGGAGCAUAAUGAAAAACUGCAUUGGCAAAGAACUUUCCAAGAUCCCUAUGCCUGUAAACUUCAAUGAGCCACUUUCUAUGCUGCAGAGGCUGACUGAGGACUUGGAAUACCACGAGCUGCUGGACAAAGCUGUCAAGUGUGAGAGUUCCACAGAACAGAUGUGUUUUGUUGCUGCAUUUUCAGUGUCUUCCUACUCAACGACUGUCCACCGUACAGCAAAGCCAUUCAAUCCUCUCCUGGGAGAAACGUAUGAACUCGACCGACUAGAUGAAUUUGGCUUCCGUUCGCUCUGUGAGCAGGUGAGUCAUCACCCACCUGCAGCAGCUCAUCAUGUGUUUUCCAAGAGAGGUUGGACAUUGUGGCAGGAAAUCACAAUUGCCAGCAAGUUCAGGGGCAAAUACCUCUCUAUCAUGCCACUAGGCGCCAUUCACUUAGAGUUCCACUCUAGUGGGAACCACUAUGUCUGGAGGAAGGUCACCUCUACUGUUCACAACAUCAUUGUGGGCAAGCUCUGGAUCGAUCAGUCAGGUGAAAUAGAGAUUAUUAACCAUAAGUCAAAAGAUAAAUGCCAGCUGAAAUUCACACCCUACAGCUACUUCUCCAGAGACAUCCCACGAAAGGUGACAGGUGUGGUGACAGAUGCUGAUGGAAAGGCACAUUAUGUCAUGUCAGGGACAUGGGAUGAAAGGAUGGAGUACUCCAAGAUAGUGCAGAGCAGCCAUGGCAACACCAGCUCAGAGGGCAAGCAAAAAACUGUCUAUCAGACACUGACUCCAAAGGUCCUGUGGAAAAAAUACCCUCUCCCAGAAAAUGCGGAGAACAUGUAUUUUUUCUCUGAUCUGGCCCUGACACUGAAUGAGCCUGAGGAGAGGGUGGCCCCCACAGAUAGUAGGCUGAGACCUGACCAGCGGCUCAUGGAGAAUGGCAAAUGGGAUGAAGCUAAUGUAGAGAAGCAGAGGCUAGAAGAAAAGCAAAGGGCAGUACGUCGUAGGCGGGAAGCAGAAGCUGUGGAGGCAUUGGAGGAAGGCAAAGACUAUGAAGGCUACAUCCCACUGUGGUUCGAAAGGAAAGUGGAUCCCUUAACAGGGGAGCUGAUCUGUAUUUACAAGGGUGGAUACUGGGAAGCCAAGGAAAAACAGGACUGGAGUAUGUGCCCUGAUAUCUUCUGAGCCGCUUCUCCCACAGUGGGACAGCAGAUCCCCAGGGGACCUCUCCCAUCCACAACAAGAUAGGAGGAUGAGUGAAUGGGAUGCAUCCAGCAGCAUCCCAUGGUUGACAUAACAGUGCACGGAAACACACAUGUGGAAAAUGAAUACAGAAAUUAAAAAAAAAAUCAAAACAGGGAUUCCAAACUAUUUUUUAUGCACUAAUAAAAUAGCAUUCAAUUUUUUUUAAUGGUGGCUUUUUUUUAGCUACUAAUUAGGAACAAGGACAAGUUAGUUAAUUUUAGCCUAGCAUAUUUAUUGCUGUCAGGAGUUGCUGCCUAUAUUUUUUGAAGCCUCAGCUUUAUUGAUGGAGAUGCUGACUUCCAAAGAUGCACACAUUUUGGGGAAAUGAUGUACAUUCAUUUGAACUCUUCUUUUUUAAUUUUUUUUUCAUUUGUUUGUGGACUUAAUUGAAAAAAAAAAUCUAUUUCAAGUUCAGGUUCAUUUUUAACUACACAAGCGACUUGCUGAUCUCAUUCACUUCAGAAGCUCUAGGGAAAAGAUUAUUUUAUAGGAACUGUAGGUUAGGUGCUUACUCCUCAAUUCUCUCAGUAGCUCCCGACAGUGCCCGAUGUCGCCUCCAUAUGAAUUAGGAUAUUUCUGUGAAGCUCUUUAGAUGACUUUCUUUUUUAUAGAAGCAUUUGAACAGAUUUCUUUCAAUCUGCAAUAUUUAGUCACUAUUUUUAGAACAAUCUCUAACAAGAUGCUUUUUUGAGUGUUGUUUUUUUUUUUCUUCCUGAAACUAUGUCCUAAUGAGAAACAGUUCCUUUUAGAGAUCAGGAAGCAGGCAAUCUAACUAGGGAAACUUUUACACUAGACCUCAUUAAGACUAGAGUGAGAAAUUGUGAACUAGAGCAAAGACCCUUAUCAGCAGUUUGUAGACUAAGGGGUACCACCAGUGCUUGUAGCAAUCUGUAGCCAACUCCUGACUCAGCAUACUGAGUUAUCUUCCCCUUCGUAUCUUUGCAGUAGCAACUGAUGUUCUGACUGUCCGUACCUCAUACAGAUACCUACUGGGCAGGGAUUAGGCACUGAGCUGUCUCCUGACACAAGGCACAAGGGAAGGUGAAAAUGGUUGCUGUUACAUGGCUGGUUCCCAAAAUGUACUGGGGUGCUGGUUCCUUUGUAAAGCAUGAGUAGAAGGGGUGGAAUACAGAGCUGCUGAUAAAGCAGCCCGGUUGAGAAAGAGCCCACUAUGGGAACUAGGUUAGCAUGAAGGUGUAAUAGAUGUGCUUUCACAAGGAGAUGGCUCCCCUAUCCCUUGUUUUUCCCUGUGCCCAUGAUCUUAAGACUUCCUUCCCACCCUAUGCUGCUACCAUCUCCUUGUCAUUCCUUUCUCUGCCUCAGCCCUGCUCUGGUACCAUCUACUUAUUAUUUUACAGAGUUUAUAUCUUCCAGUUGAUCUGUAUUGUGAUGGCUGCUCCUCCUGCAUCCUGGUUCCCAUACAUAUCCUUCCAUGUAUAAGCAAAGAUGGGCCCAAUCCCAGAUCCGUGGACAUGGCAGAGAAGGGCCAAGAUUCCAGAGGUGCCUCUCACCUCUUUGCCCAUGAGGGGCCAGUCCAAAGUGAUUCUGAGCACCCACUCCAAUACCUUGGCAAGAUUUAAAAUCCAAAUACAAGUCCAGCCGUAUUAAGCAUGAAACUGCAUUAACGUCACUUUCAGGCCAAUCAGAGAGGUGCCUGCUUUCUUGCCUAGGAGCUGUGGAAACUGAUCACACCUUUCCAUCCUCCAACAAGAAUGAGAUGAGUAGCUAAGUACCAUCAUGCUUCCCAGAGGAAGACUUAGGGAGCCUCUGAGCUGAAUCUGUUCCUGCUCCCUUCCCAAAAGCACAAAUCCUGCCCUUUUUAGCCAAGUUGAACAUGGGAGGAUGGUGAGGGCUCACAUCACCGUCUCUGAAUACCUAAGAUGGCAAUGAAAUAGGAGCAAUGAGACAGUAAAAAGCUUGAACCUGUACUGGGCCACUGCCUACCUGUCCUCUCCUACAGUAGCUCCAUCUGCAGCCUUGUUAAGACUUUUAUCCUGGAUCAUUACUGGCUAUUAUGCAAUUUAGAUACCCACCUUCUCACCCAGGGUCCCAUUCCUGCUGCAGUGGUCAUUACUGUUUGCAGUUAGUCCCCAGAGUAGCAUUGGUCUUGCUGACAUAGCUUCCUCACUGUAGAUUACCUUAAAAAGGCCCUGGUGAGGAGCAAACAGGGAAAUCCAACCUCUGAUUUUUCUGCCACCUUGAUGUGAUACGUCUGUUGUCUAAAUUCCCUCCCAAGUGGACUUUCAGUCAAAGACCAAAGUAUUGCUUCCUAGGUUAGCAUGAGAGCCCCAAACAAAGCAGGUUUGGCUUUAUGUACUGGCUCACUCCCUACCCUGCAUACUGGCCUGCUCCCCAUUGUGAUACAAGAACAGUGAAGUAAAACCUUUUCAGGGGGAAUCCAUUAUUAUUGGGAAUGUUCUUAAUCAUCUGCUGAGCCCUCAAGGCAGAUUUAAAGCAAGAAGGCCAAACUUCCUGGGUUCAACUCACCCAUCAUUAGUUGGUUGAAGCCAAUGGAAUUACCAGCAGGGACAGACCAUGGUAUGUCCUGAAAUAGUUCAUCUCCUAGAUCUUCUGCUUUUUGUCCCUUCCUUUCCCUGAGUGUGAACACAGCAUGAGGGCUCCAUCCACUUCUGCUGCUCAUUCCUCACUAAAGUAGUCACCUUGCUGUGGCACUGAAAGCUCCAGAGAUAUCACAGAAGGGGCGCGUCUACAUGAGAUGCUACAUGCGCAGUAGACUAAUUCUACUGUGCAUUAGCACAUUACGGCAAAAGCUGUGUUAAUUCGCUAACAUGCAUUAGUAUUAGUCUGCUGUGCAUUAGUGUCACUAAAAGACCGUGUGCUGGCACUACUGCGUAGUAGCUCUGGUUACUGCACACUGAGUUAGUAGCUGUUAUUACCGGUACUAAACUUAAUGCGCAAUAAGCACAGCACAUUAAUGCAUGUGUAGACAUGCCCAAGAAUGAACAAGACUUGCAGGUGAGGAAUGAGCAACAGGAGCAGGUGAAUCACCCAGCCAUAAACCUUCCAUGUAGGCUUCUCCAGUAACUGAAAUGCAGAAUGCCUUAGCAGAGCUGCUUCUGCGUGGGUUGUUUACCAGAAACUGGAGUGGAGAGUCAGGAACUAUAAGUCGAUGGGCCUUACAGAGCAUCUUGGGUCUGAAAGGAUCUGCCUGUAAGUCCAAGGAAGACCUGAAAACAGGGUUCUGCCUUGCUUGAGUUAAUCUCUGAUAUCUUCUCUGGCUCUAUGUCAUAUCACAGUGACUACUGCAUUCCCAUGGGUCGAGGGCCACACAGCUAGGGCUGUCACAUCCGCAUGGGAAGAAAAUAAGCAAUAAUGAACUUCAAGGCAUUGGUAACUGGAAAACCCAGGCUGCACAAGGGACACUUAUGCAAUCAGGUUCCUGAAACCAUCAGUCUCCUCCUAGUUUGCCCUCCCCUCAUUCAACACCCACAUUAUCUGUCAUUGACAACAUAUGUAUGUAUACAAUAUAUAUAAAACUUGUACAAUGUAACAUUAGUGAUUGGCUAUCAGUGUGGCAACACAACUGAUUUCAGUGUACCCUUUAAUCUUAUUUAUUUGCUUCUAAUUUAUAUAUAUAUAUAAAUAUAUAUAAAUAUAUAUAAAAUUAUUUUGCUUAAAUUUAUAUGGUACAUAAUAGAUGAAAAAUAAUGAUGACAGAUGUGUCUGUCUGAGUUUUUGUAGUAGAAGUAUGGUAUAUUUCAUUAGGUUUGUUCUAAAGGCAGGGAAAUAAGAGUUAAUGUAAUUGCAUAAUUGCUUACAUAGAGAAGUAACAUUUUGCUCCCAAGCUGGAUGCUUUCAUGUUCAAAAGGUGUUUAAUUAGAAAGGUCAUUGUGUUCUAGAAAGCAAAACAGUUCGGGUUCCUGAAAGCAAGCUCUCAGUAAGCCAGCUGAUUAAAAAGUUAGAUAUUCAAAAUUAUGUAAAGUCUGGCAAUAUGAUGAUCGCAGUCAGCUGGUCCAAGUGCACUGGCUUUGUGGCUUGUCUGUGGCCCAGUAAAGUAAGUUUUCUGAACUGCUGCGUUGAUCACAUUCAGCCAAUUGGAUCUAGCCUGCUGGGCAGUCGAUUGCCUAUUCCAUCACUGAGGCAUUUGGAUGUACUCCUUUUGAGGCACACUUUUAUGUAACUGUGGGACAACAGAAGAUUCUCUGUUCCAGACCUUCUUUUAUGCUAGUAUUAGUUUGAUUUAUAAAAACAGUAAAAAUAACAGGGUUUUUUCCACUCAAGGCCUGAUUCAGUUUUAUAAAAUGGACUAGAAGUAUAGCUCUUUAAAAUGCCUUAUUUUUCCUUUUUUCUUUUGUCACACCAAGAGUUAUCCAAGAGCUUGCAAAGGUAAGAGAUUCCUAAUUCUGCUGCCACUACGACAGGAUCCGAGUGCUCUUGCAAUUAAGAGAAGUGCAGUGUGAAAUGUUACCUAUUAAGUGUUGGCAUCUAAAUGCUUAACCUUGUUGGACUCUGAGACAGUGAGAGGUCCUUUCUGACUUACUGACAAUAAACUCAUCUGUAUAGAAACCUCACACAAAGACACACUAUACAGAUUAGCAGAACUACAUGGGGAGGACUAGGAACAUGCCCCCAAACAGCAAUUUUUUAGGAGAGCUUAUUUUAAAAACUACUAUAUCUUAUAGAGGUCAUUUAGUGUCAACACUUAAUCUGAGCACUGUCUCCUAGUCUUUCUAUUUCCCCACUGGAAAAUUUUAAUGUUAUUCUACUGUAAAUGCUGUUGAAUGUAAUUCUUUUGAACAAGAUGUUGUGAGUGAUCCCUUUUCUCCUCUACAGUAAUAAAACUUGGAUUCAGGAGUUUUAAAUGCA